AUGCGCCCCAACCCUCCACUGCUGCCGCCUCAUCCUGCGCUGCCACCGCGCUUCGGCUUCCUACGCGGCUUCCGGCCGUUCGACCUCGAGCGGCCAGAGCCGGAGACCGCGGCCGACUUCGCCUUCGACUGCGUGCUGUGCGACCCGCCGUUCAGCAACUUCGAGCUCGCGCGGCUGCGGGAGGUGCUCAAUACGCUCGGCGCGGCCGCGGCGCCACUGUACCUGUGCUACAACGCGCGGCGCGAGGGCGCGCUCGUGGACGCGUUCGCCGGCUCGGGGCGCGAGCUUGUGCGCAUGGCGGGCGGGCCGCUGGGCUACACGUCGGUCAAGGCGAGCACGCAGCAGCACAUCUUCCUCUACGGGCCGCCGUGGCCGAGCGUGGGCGUGCCUUCGUGA